CUAACGCAUGCGCGUCACGGCACACUCCAGGGCCGGGUAUCAUGGCGACGUACGUGGACAUCCUGAAGAGCGAGUUUCCUGAGAUCGACACGGAGCUUUUCGACUACAUUACAGGUGUUUUGGACAGCGGCGGAGCAGAUUUCGAGGAUGGAGAGGAGGUGUAUGAAGCCAUCGGAGGAGUCCUGCAGGACGUGUCUGCCGACAGUAAAAAUGAGGACGACGUCAGAGACAUCUGCCUUCAGAUGUUUAACACUCUGCAGCUGAAUCACCAUCACGGCUCUCAGAAGCAGGUGUUGUUGGACGCUCCUGUGCAGCUCUCUCAGAUCUCUGUGGAUAACGUCCCUGCAGCUGAAGACGUUCAGGGUAUCUGGAUGCUGAAACGUUCUCAGAACACAACGGUGAACGCUAAGAAACUGGAGAAGGCCGAGGCGAAGCUGAAAGCUAAACACGAACGCAGGAACGAGAAGGACAUUCAGAAAGGCCCCAGUCCACUUGUCCUGGAGGAGGCGUCGGCCAGUCAGGCCAGCAGUAAGAAGGACAACAGAGUUGACCAAUCAGGGAAGAACCGCAGCUACGACAUCCGCAUCGAGAACUUUGAUGUUUCCUUUGGAGAGAGGUGUCUGCUGCAGGGGGCGGAGCUGUCCCUGGCGACAGGCAGGCGUUACGGUCUGAUUGGUCGGAACGGUCUUGGGAAAACAACGCUGCUGAAGAUGUUGGCCAGUCGUAACCUCCGUGUCCCGGCUCACAUCUCCAUCCUCCACGUGGAACAGGAAGUGGCGGGAGACGAGACGGGGGCGCUGCAGAGCGUCCUGGAGAGUGACACGCUGAGGGAGGAGCUUCUGAGCGAAGAGAAGAGGCUCAACGCUCGCAUCGCCAACGGAACGGCCGAGGGGAUGGAGAGCGUUCGACUGUCGGAGAUCUACGCCAAGCUGGAGGAGAUUGAUGCUGACAAGGCUCCAGCACGAGCUUCAGUCAUCCUGGCUGGUCUUGGAUUUUCUCCCAGAAUGCAACAGCAGACCACAAAGGAGUUUUCAGGAGGAUGGAGGAUGAGGUUGGCGUUGGCCCGAGCUCUAUUCGCUCGGCCGGACCUGCUGCUGCUGGACGAGCCGACCAACAUGUUGGACGUCAGAGCCAUUCUGUGGUUAGAAAACUACCUGCAGACGUGGCAGUCCACCAUCCUGGUCGUAUCCCACGACAGGAACUUCCUGAAUGCUGUGGUAACAGACAUCAUCCACCUGCACUCUCAGAGGCUGGAAAGUUACCGUGGUGACUAUGAAAACUUUAUUAAAACCAAAGAAGACAGACUGAAGAACCAGCAGAGAGAGUACGAGGCCCAGCUGCAGUACAGACAACACAUACAGGUGUUCAUCGACAGAUUUCGGUACAACGCUAACAGAGCUGCUCAGGUGCAGAGCAAACUCAAACAGCUGGAGAGGCUACCUGAACUCCAGCCCCUUGAAAAAGAGACAGAGGUCACUCUAAGGUUUCCAGAUAACUUUGAGAAGUUGUCCCCCCCGAUCCUCCAGCUGGAUGAGGUGGAGUUUUAUUACUCUGCUGACCUGCGGCUCUUCUCUGGACUCAACCUGUCUGCCGACCUCGAAUCUCGCAUCUGCAUCGUCGGAGAAAACGGAGCUGGUAAAUCCACCAUCCUCAAACUGCUGAUGGGCGAGCUGACGCCGGUGAACGGGAUCAGACAAGCUCACAGGAACUUGAAGAUCGGUUACUUCAGUCAGCAUCAUGUGGACCAGCUGGACCUGAACGUCUGCUCUGUGGAACUGCUGCUUAACAAGUUCCCCGGUCGGACAGAGGAGGAGUACCGUCACCAGCUGGGAGGUUACGGCAUCACCGGAGAGCUUUCCACGAGACCGGUGGCCAGUCUCUCGGGGGGGCAGAAGAGCCGGGUGGCCUUUGCACAGAUGACCAUGCCGUGUCCAAACUUCUACAUCCUGGACGAGCCGACAAACCACCUGGACAUGGAGACCAUCGAGGCACUGGCCAAAGCUCUCAACAAGUUCAAAGGCGGAGUCAUCCUGGUGUCUCACGACGAGCGUCUGAUCCGGUUGGUGUGUAAGGAGCUGUGGGUGUGUGAAGCCGGGAAAGUCGCUCGCAUCGACGGCGGCUUCGACGAGUACCGAGACAUCCUCCAGGAGCAGUUCAGGAAGGAGGGUUACCUGUGAGGCCCCGCCCACUGCUGACUGACCACACCAACGACUAACAUAACCCCGCCCCCUCCAUAGCAACACCUGUCAGAGCAGCCAACCAGCCGUCAGAGCAUAGGACGCUUUCUUCUCUGAACUGUCUCGCCUGCUGCGAGCUGAUUGGUCGUUUGUGUUCACCAGGUGAGGUCCCAGUGAACUCUGGAAGAGGAGGAGAAAUCCUGAACGAUUUGGAGUUUAUUUAACGUCAAACUGUGGAGAGUUUAUCGUCACUUUAAACCUGAUUUUGUUUUUGUAUCAUCGAGUCAAAGGUUUGAGGUUUUUAAAGGAGCCGGCCGCCAAACGACAAAAAUAAAAACCGUCAGAUCA